GUCAGCUUGACAUUUUGCUCUCCAAACGUCAGUCAUCUAAAAGAAGAAACGGUCGAAUUCAAAAUUUAUAAAUACUUAACAUUCUUGAUAACGAAUACGCUGGUGGCAAUAAUUACAGAUGGAACCGAUGACUUUAGGUAGUGCCCCGUCGAGCCCGGCAUCCCCUGGAAUAAAUCCGAACUUUUUGCCCAAUUUUCUGAUGGGUGGAGACAGCCAACCAUCUACCCCCCAACCCAGUACCUCACCAGGUCGAAACCGUACCUCGGGCAACUUCAACAGAACGGGAAUGAACUCUGAACCUAGAAGUCUACGACAGAAACUCUUCAACCAAACUGUCAGUGAGAGUCCUGGACCUUCAUUGUCACCUUUUAGCAGCGUUCCAGAGAAAGUGGGACCUCCUAAGGUUGGCCUAUUUGACACGCUUGAACACAGAAAGAAGACUAGUUCAAUGCCAGGCACAGGUGUAACUAGCCCUAUACCUAGUAGUACAGUUGCUCAUUUUAGUGAUUUUACAGGCUUCAAUGAUAGUGUAUCUAGAGUUGAUGAUAAUGUUACAUUUAGUAGAAAUGGAAAUUUAAUGGAUUCAUUUAACAAGUCAAAUGUAGUUACAGUUAGGGAUAAGAUUGAUACAAAUUGGGUGACUGUCUUUGGAUUUCCUCCAAGUACGCUACCAUUAGUUCUGGCACAACUAGCUAAUUGUGGACCUGUAGUUGAUAAAAAAAUUCCACCUGCAGGUAAUUGGAUACAUGUUAAAUUCAAUAACACAAGCGAAGUAGCUAGAGCAUUAUCACUUAAUGGUAAAAUGCUAAAUGAGCAUACUAUGAUAGGUGUCAAGCUGCAUUAUGUUAAUAAACAGUGUAAUAAAGAGAAUGAUCAGACAGUUUUUACAUCACCAAUCAGAGCUCGCUCAUUAAGACAUUCUUUUGUUUCACCUCAAUCUACAAAUAGUGUUGUACCUCCACAAACUGUACCUCAAAAAUCAACUGGACUUGUGACAAAGGCUAUGGAAUAUGUUUUUGGUUGGUAGGAUUAUUAUAUAUUUUUUAAGUCUUUGUAUGGUUAUAAUUUUUGUAUUUACUUGUGCUUAAGUAUAUUUUAUUAUGAA